GGCCUACACCUUGCUUCAUAACGAUCGCCCUCUCCUUCCGACAGAGUGUUUGAGAGACAUCUUUGAAGGAGAUGAGGCGACCUUAACUGCGGUGGCGCUACCCAUGCUUAGAAGCUCGGACAAGUGUGGUUGGGACUGGGGACCGUCAAAUAGCUCGGAGGACAUCUAUUCCAAUCUAUUCCAAUUUAUUCAAUUUUGGUUUUCUAAUAUUGACUUAGCACCCAUGAAAUGAUUAGGUGAGUCACUGUAUCAUGCACUAUUGGUUGCAGAUCGGGUAGUUGCGCUCAUUGCGGUGCAUUGUUCACUGCAGUUAUUGUACCUCAGAUGUGGCGCUUCCAACGACCCUGUCAAACAGUGGCCUAAAUCUGAGCCGUGGGCACUACCGCCACAAAGAGGCCUUUGAACGGCUUUUCCACGGGAUGAAGUCACCAUGUGGACAAAAACCUGGUCAGUUGGAUUCGGUUGUCCUUCCCACAGCACUGACUGCAUUGGUCCGAUGACAAGGGGAAGUGUCCUGGUCCCGUGCGGCUUCGCCAAGCGUGCCGCUGUCCAGAAAUACCUUGCAACCUUGACGUGUUGGCAGCGGCAUUCAUUCCCAAUUCGGAUGACCUGCUCAUGGUGACCAAGGGCAACAUCACUGCUGUCAAGGAUGAAGAAAUCCCAGCGCUUGGAGACAAUGAUCCCACUGGAAUUUUAUGGUUUUGGCGGCUUUUCCGCGCAGAGCAGUGGUCCUUUCUUUCAGCCUCGCUCGUUGCGCGUCGGUCGCCUUGUUUGAGCAAUAAUGCUUUGAUGGAACUUUGGGCAGAAGAGAAAGACAAAGAAGAGUUUGAAAGCUACAGCCCUUGGACGAAAGAAGAGGUCGAGGAGCAGAAGCGCACAGGCAUCAUCAAGUGGGGGAAGAAGUUUGUGGACCAAGCUGGCCUCUAUUUGCGUAUCCAUGAUGAAUCACAUGCAGUCUUUACUUGGAACCAGAGCGAUAUCCUGGGGGGUUGCGGCAACGUGGACCGCCUCGACUUGGCCACCGGCGAGGUGACCAAUCUGGGGAGGAUCUGGGAUGCUUGGGAUGUGACCACAGAUUCUUCGGGACGGAUUUUCUACACCAGCUGCUAUGAUGGAACUGAUGUGCACCUCUUGAAGGAUACCACACUGCUGCAGCCGAGCUCUGAGAAACCGACUCCAACCUUCAUUGUGUCGCAAACAGUUGGCCUUGGAUUUAAUUUGUGUUUCGAUGCAACUUUGAAGGUUUUAGUGACCUCCUCCAGAGAUGGCGCAUUCUUUGUGAUUUCUCCUCCAGGUGAAGGCCGCCUCGACGUGGGCGAGGGCUUGCCUUCCAUUCGCCCACCUGGUGAUGAUCACACCCCUGGAGACAAGACGGCACCUUGGGACACAGUCAAAAUAUUGGAGCCAGUGACUUGGCAGAAAGAAAACCCUUGACGGGAGAAAAGCAUCAACAGGACAUGGUUUCUACGCACAUGGUGGUCGUAUCACCUUCGUGGAUGCCAACGCGCAGGAACAACUUUGCACCACAAACCUGCUUGAUGGAAAGACUGAAUGCUCCACCUUCGCUGAGCCCAUCAAUUAUGUGACCUGCUCUGGUGAUUUCUGUGCGGUCUUCACCAGGGCUUCGGCCCCUUAGAGCCUAACCAAGUAACUACGAUCAGGUCGUGCAAGUGCUGUAGCGACACUUGAGACUACGACUGGCUGCGGCCUCCCAAGUGCUGCUUGAAAAAGUGACCUUUUUCGAUCGCUGCAAGUCCCUUCAUCCCAAG